UUGCGUUCCGAGUAGAAGUCCGUUUCGCAAAAUUAGUGUCCGUAGGUAGACUUCUACUGGUAGAAAUGAAUAACAGCAAAAGUGAUCCGGAAUAUUUGGAAAUGACUCGAAAUAGCCGCGUUCACGGAGGUCGGAAAAUUUAUGUAAUAAGCAAAUUUAGCGCUAUUUCCAAAAUCAGUUAACGUUUUGGCAAUUUGAUGAUCUGCUCAUAGAUACAAAGAAAACGAAAGUGCACAUGUUAACUCCUCGAAAAUUCUGAAAAUGUGUUCGAAAUACAAGUACACUGUAUACGUUAAAACUUUUACCGCUAUUUAUUUAUUAAUUAGAUAAAUAGCAACAUGGAAAAUGGUUUCAUAUAAAGAACAAUGUCUCAGACGAUUUUUAACAAAUAACUUUUUUAUUUUACCAGUUUAUAGCCGGCUUAUCUCAAAUUUAUUAUCAUAUUACAUUUAUAGUCUACAUUUAGCACGAUUCGUAGUGUGCUCUCAUGUUAAGUAUUGAUAACCUCCUAAUCAAAGUGUUUGUGUUGAGAAGUGGACAGAUACUCCGGAAUUUUUUUAUAUAUUCGAUUUACACCCUGUAAAUUACACAGCGCUAUUUCUCCGAGAUAACAUCAGUUCAACAUGAUUCAACUGCAGUACCGCGUUCUUCUAACACUGUUGACAGUUUAUCACAAUGUUGUCAUGUUUGCAUGUCAUGACGGAAUCCCAUAUACUGUCAAACGAAAACUAACAAGAAUAUUUAAAAUUGACGGAAUACCAGCUGUCAAGACAUCGAUAAAAGAUAAUUUGAAUCAUUGGGUAUCUGGAAGCGAAAUAAACAUCGGUGUGACAGGAAAUUCAGGUGUCGGAAAGUCAAGUUUUAUCAACGCGAUCCGUGAUCUAACGCCGGAAGAUGAAGGGGCAGCCAAAGUUGGAGUAGUAGAAACAACGACAGAAAUAAAAGCAUACCAUCACCCAGUAAAUAACAACAUUAUUCUGUGGGACUUACCCGGAGUUGGAACUCCUACAUUUCCGCGAUAUAGGUACUUUAGUAAAAUAGACGAAGAACAGUUUGAUUACUUUAUUAUCAUUUCCUCUGAAAGAUUUACGGAAAACGAUCUUUGGUUAGCAGAAGAAUUUAAUGAAAGAGAUAAGGCAUUUUAUUUCGUUCGAAGUAAAGUAGGGCAAGAUAUUGAAAACGACAAGAGAAGCCAUCCAAAAAGUCACAACAAAGAGUCAAUUUUAACUGACAUUCGAAACAACUGUAACCAAAAUCUUAAAUAUGUAAAUGCCAGAAAUCAGCGGGUAUAUCUAAUUGACAACUAUGACACUGAAAAGUACGAUUUCAAACUGCUCUCAUUAAAACUAAUGGAGGAUGCAUCGGAGCUAAAAAGAAAGGCCUUGGAUAGAGCAUUGAUUCACUUUUCCAAUACUCUUAUAACUGACAAAAAGGCUGACUUGCAUGGAAGAAUAAGAGCUAUUGCGUUGGCGUCCGGUUUGGCUGGCGCAAUGCCAAUACCAGGUUUGGAUGUUGCUGUAGAUUUAGCCGCUCUUCUGAAUGAAGCAGUACAUUAUCGGAAAGAAUUUGGUUUGGACGACGACUCAUUGAGAUACUACGCAAAUAGAAAUAGUUUAUCAAAAGACAGGUUUACGCGAGAAGUCGGUCUCAAAAGUAGUCUAAUUGAGUAUACAACAUCUGGUUUGCUAACAUAUUUUGCGAAAAUUGGACUGACACAGGCUGCCUCAUAUACAACUUCAAAUAUUAUGAAGUACUUGCUACCAAUAUUUGGCAACAUAGCGAGUGGCAUCACAUCAUACACGGCGACAACGAUCUGCCUUAAUAACUUGCUUGAUAUGAUGGCAGAGGACGCCAGGAAGAUAAAUGACUAUAAGCUUUAAAUAUUUCAAAGACUUAUACAUUGUUUAUAUAUUUUAAAGUUUUAUACAAUGUUUAAAUGCUUCAAGGUCUUAUACAACGUUAAAUAUUUCAAGCACUGUACAAUUAAUUAAUAUUUCAUGGACUGUACAAUGUUUAGAUAUAUCAAGGUCUUAUACAAAGUUUUAAUAUUCUAAGGACUCAAACGAUGUUUAAAUAUUUCAAGGACUUACACGAUGUUUUAAUAUUCCAAGAACUUGUGCAAUGUUUUAAUACUUGAAAUACUUACAUAAUAUCUUAAUAGUCUAAGGACUUAUAGAGUUGUUUAGUAUUCAAGGACGUAUUCAAUGUUUUGAUAUUUCAAGUACUUGUUUUAAUGUUACAAUUUUGAUGAUUUUACAGAUAGUCUGAACGUUUACAAAUUCUUUCUGCAGUUCAAAGCAUUCCUCUUUCAGAAGUAUUUUUAUUCUAUGAUUCUUUCACAAUUCAUUAACCUUAUAUCAACAUUUUGAUAAAAAUCCAUAAAUAAAGAUUUUAUACAUAUUUUUCAGUAUCACAAUAUGUUAAUCGACAGUUACAAUUAAUAUCUGUGUAUGCAAAUGUUUGGUUUACCAGAGCCAUCUGUAGCUGAACUUGUAUAACAAACAUCUACACAUACUGAGUAAGAAACUUCAGAAAAAAAACUCCAGAGACGAGGAUUAAUAUUAGCAGUAUUACAAUUUAACUGUCACUUCAAUUCAUUUACACACUACUUUUCAAAAUCUUAAUAAACCUGAUAUUCAAGUAAAGAUUUUAUACACAUUUUAUAGGAUCACUAUUUAAACUCGUUAAUGCGUAUGAUAAAAAGCUACGUUUUUAUUAAUUUACAACCUUAUCAGUGAAGAAGUGUAAAUUUAGAUAACGCAUAUUGUAGACUCACACGAUUUUAAAUGCAAGGUUUACUGAAAAUUGUCGUGUUAAACUAUUAAGAAAUAGGAGAGAUCGCCGUGACGUCACGCGUUAACAUCUGUUUAUCUGGUGGUUGGCAAAACAAAUGAUUUUAACACCGUAUUGAAUCAGAAUUUUUAAUUUUUAAUAACUUUUUUGCUCAUUUAUGGAUUUUCAAAAUUCAAAAAGAUUUGAAAUACUAACAAUCUUCAUAUUUUUGUAUCCAAAUAUCUUUUUUCAAUGAAUAACCGUUUUAAAUGACAUAUAAUUUUAAAAGCGGCGUAGUGAUUUUCACAACCUUUAGAAAAACAGUGUAAGUUAAGCGUUCAUAAUUAAUCCAUUUUAUUUCGAAAUAACAAUUAAAAGUAAUCAAUAAAUUGCUUGUUUUAUAACCUUUCCAUUGAUCAAAAAAUUAUUUAUGUAAUUUGUGUUUUAAGAAAGUUUAGACCGUUAGAAAAACAUCACUGUUUACAAAAAACAUGGACGGUCGGCUUCUGCCCACCCGAUCAUUGUCUUACCAGUUCUAAAAAUAGAAUUUGUAUACAAACACGAUCUCUCCUAUAUAUGUAAAAUUUAAUUGUUACAUCAAAGA